AUGGGAAGAAGAUCAGAGGAGAUAGGGCACAUGCAGGAAACCUCAUGCCUCUCCUUGAGCAGCUACUCGCCUACAAGGUCACGGCCUACAACACUAGGUUCCAAACGAAGAAAGCUAAGUGUUGGAGGGGUGAUCACACCAAUCCUUUGUGCAGCUGGAGUCCAUUUGAACAAGAGAAGGUCUACUCCAGCAGGAUGGAUGGACAUCAAGUUUUGCAAGACCAACCUCCUCAUUGAACACAAGGAAUUGGAUGGGAAGUUCCAAUUCAACCCUCCAAUUUACACAUUGGUUGGGCAUGAAACGGAUUUGCAAGAAGAGGAGCCUGAACUCGAUCGAGUUGAGGAUCGAGCUGAGUCUCAAGCUGAGGAUCGAGUCCAGGAGAGCGCGGAUUUGGGUGAGCCUGAGUGCUACUAUUUUGAGGAGUAUGAGGCUCCAAGGAUGAACCCCUCUGUUGUGGCUGCCCACAAGAGGAUUGGACUUCUCCAAAAGUUCAACAAGUGGCAAGGGAAGGCCAUGGACAAGAUGCAAAAGUCCAUGGAUAAGAUGGUGAGCAAGAUCAAGAGUUUGGAGAAGAAGGUCUCUGGUUCUUCAUCCAAGAAGAAGAAGGCACCAAUGGCCCCUACUUUCCCUAGGAGUAGAUCACUCCUCACCACCCCAAGGAGACUCCCUGCCCAAGAGCCUCACAGAGCCUCGUCAUUCGAGCCAAGGGAAGGAGAAGACAACUCACAGAGAAGGAGGAAGAGCUCUAAGGCCAUACGCUCCAGCUCGACCACCGGACUUGAUCGAUGCCAAGUGCGACCAAGCUACCACCAGAAGAAGCCACUCUCAUUACCAAGAAAGAAUAUGCUGCAUGGAGAAAGAAGAGAGAGUGAGCGCUACCCAAAACCAAAGGAGAAGAAGAAAACAUUGGAGCCGAGGCAUGAAAAUGUCUUUAAGGAAAUCAACUCCAUCUUACUUCCAACCUUUGACGAGUAUGGAGCUGAAGAGGAGACUAAUGGUGCACCUAAUCUCUUUCACAAGAUAAGAAUCUUUACACCAAAAGAUUCGGAGCUUAAAGGUGACCAAUCCAUUGAAGAGAAGCUUGAGAGAACUAUGAAGCUUUUCCCCAAGGCAUUGGUUUUCAAAGAUGAUGUGAGAGAUGACAUGGCGCGACAACACCACCACAAGAAUCCACUGAACCGGAGAAUGGAGAAGCUAAAGGGAUCCUUUGCCCUUCAGCCACUCUUCACCACGAUUGAAAGAAAGAAAAGGAGUCAAGCUAAAUGA